GGCAAUAAAAUACUCCUCGCCUUUCCUGUCGGUCGCCAUGUUUUGAAUGGGCGACUAGGCCUUGCGAUAGUUGAAAAUGCCAAAAAUAUCGAAUGCAUUCUCAAUUUUGAUCGUUACGUGAAGUAUCCAAUUAUUCUUUGGAGUGUGAAAUCAACGUUGAAACUGUUUUUAAGUGCGGAUGACCGACAUUUGAGUAGAUAUUUUGUGAUUACAACUAUGUUCCAUCAGUAAUGAGCGAUGAUACACCGGGGGCAGGGCAGGGUGCUCUGCAUCCGCGCGAGGGCCAAAACCUUCGAAACACCACGGCAGCAGAGCGCCCUACAAUGCGACUGACUCAAGUAGCUGGGGGCCAGUAUGUGCUAACUACACAACAACAUGGCGUUCCUGCUUUAGCACAGCUUAGCCCAGGAAAUGUGCAACAGGGUGUAACUCGUAUCAUAAACAUUAGCCCCUCCAGAGGACAAACAUCGCCCUUACGACCUAGCGUAUCCAAUCAGUCAAUAGUAAAUGUUUUGACUAACAGGGCUACCCCUAAUGCACGUCUUCAGGUGUUCGCCAAUAAUGGUGGUGUGGUUCCAAGUACAUCUUCAGGAGUAACAACUCCUAUCCAUUCGAGGAUGGCGAAACGUCCGUUAUCUUCUACGCCAGAGAAAAAAGACUCUUAUGCGGUUAAGCUGCAACGAGUAACCAACCACCGAAUAGUCAAAUCAAAGCUGCUGAAGGAAAAGUAUGCGGAAAACCUGCUUGAACUGUUCUACUUGGAGACGGGAGGCAACAUCUUGGAUCUGUAUCAGUACGCGAAAAGACCAAAGACCUCAGAUUAUGUAGCUUACCUGAAGGAACAUGCAAUCGAUGCGGAAGAAUAUUUAAAUUACUCUAUUUGUAUUCCAUACACGACUCCCAGCACGCCAACGGCAACUUCCGCCAGUUCCUUACCUGGGAGUUCCUUCAAUAGCACGCAAUCGACCACACCAGUUAUAUAUACUCCUUCAUCACCUGCGUCUGUGGUUUCUGAUAACCUAUCAUCUAUCAGAAUGAGUACAACGUCUAAUUCGACGAUCUGUACCAGUCAAGAGCAAAUCGUUGAAAAGGCCAAACAAGAAGCGUAUGUCGUGCAGCGGGUUAACGAAUUGCAGAAGGAAGGUCUGUGGUCGGAAAAGCGGUUACCUAAGAUACAGGAAAUGCCUCGAUGCAAGGCUCAUUGGGACUAUUUGUUGGAAGAAAUGGUGUGGUUGGCGGCUGAUUUCGCACAGGAGAGGAAGUGGAAAAAAGCCGCCGCAAAAAAAUGCGCUCGGAUGGUUCAAAAAUAUUUCCAAGACAAAUCGCUCGCUGCUCUGAAAGCAGCAAAAGCACAAGAACAGCAUUUGAGGCGUAUUGCAUCAUUUUGCGCCAAAGAAGUGAAACUCUUCUGGUGCAACGUGGAAAAGUUAGUCGAGUACAAGCAAAAUACCAUUUUAGAAGAGAAACGAAAACGGGCUCUGGAUCAGCAAUUAAGCUUCAUCGUUGAUCAAACUGAAAAAUACUCCCAGUUAUUAGCAGAAGGAAUGAAUAAAUCUGCUGUUGAUCUGCCAUCCGCUAAAGUUUCCGGGCAGUCUGCUUUAAAGCAUCAGUCUGAUGAUGAAUUCGACCCUCACGAGCAAAGCGAAGAGGAUGACGAAGAGACGAUUGCGCAAGAGGAAGCAGCGUUGGGAAAUUUUGAUCAAUCAGCCGAAGUCGAAGCGUUACAAAGAGAAUCUCAGUUGGAAUUGGAUGAUUUACUCGAAGAUGACUUCUUGAAAGAUUACCUUUUAAACAGGGACAACAUACGGCUCAGCGGUUCUGACGAUUCCGAUAUGGAAAGUGAAGAAAAAAAAAGCAAAAAAUCUGAUCCGGAAUCUGCAGGCAGCAGAAAGUCUAGUAAUAAAGCCGCUAGUGAAAAGGAAUCGAAGUCCGAUUCAAGCGAAUCCGACGAUGAUUUGGAUUCUGAUGAUGAAAGCAAUUCGGAAGAACUCACGAAUUCUCAGGUAGAAAACCAGAGCUUAAAGUUGCUGAUGGGCGAUUUAAAAACUGAAGGAGAAAGAGCAAAGACUGAUGAAAAAGACGCACUUAUCAACGAUGCGGCUGCAAUCGCAGAGAGCAUUCAACCGAAAGGCAACACAUUGUCUUCCACCACUGUUUCGACCAAAGUACCUUUUCUUCUCAAGUUGCCAUUGCGAGAAUAUCAACACAUUGGUUUAGAGUGGCUUGUGACGAUGUACGACCGAAAGCUAAACGGAAUAUUGGCCGAUGAAAUGGGGUUAGGAAAAACUAUCCAAACAAUUGCUCUUUUGGCUCAUCUCGCUUGCGAAAAGGAAAACUGGGGACCGCAUCUUAUUGUUGUUCCAACCUCUGUGAUGUUAAAUUGGGAAAUGGAGUGUAAAAAGUGGUGUCCUGCCUUCAAAAUUCUAACUUACUAUGGAUCACAAAAGGAAAGGAAAAUGAAAAGAACGGGAUGGACAAAACCAAAUAUGUUCCACAUAUGCAUUACAUCGUAUAAGUUGGUUAUUCAGGAUCAUCAAAGCUUUAGAAGAAAGAAGUGGAAAUAUCUAAUUUUAGAUGAGGCGCAAAAUAUAAAAAACUUUAAAUCUCAGCGAUGGCAACUUCUACUCAAUUUUCAAACUGAAAGGAGGUUGCUGCUGACGGGAACUCCGUUACAAAACAAUUUAAUGGAAUUAUGGUCGCUGAUGCAUUUCCUGAUGCCAAACGUGUUUCAAUCGCAUAGAGAGUUUAAAGAGUGGUUUUCCAAUCCAGUAACAGGAAUGAUCGAGGGCAAUUCUGAGUAUAACGAAAGUAUUAUUAAAAGACUGCAUAAGGUACUGAGACCGUUUCUGCUGCGAAGGCUCAAGUCAGAAGUAGAGAAACAGAUGCCUAAAAAGUACGAACAUGUAGUCAUGUGUCGUCUUUCUAAACGACAGAGAUUUUUGUACGAUGACUACAUGUCUCGAGCAAACACUAGAGAAACUCUUGCCAGCGGUAAUUUGCUUAGUGUGAUCAAUGUCCUUAUGCAGUUACGGAAAGUGUGCAACCAUCCUAAUCUGUUUGAAGUUCGCCCAACAAUUUCUCCCUUUCAAUGUGAAAACAUCGAAAUGCACGUGCCCUCUAUCGUCUACUCGGCAAUAAAUUACGAUGUAUUUAAGAACGUCGACUUAUACGCCUUGAAUUUAGUUCUAAUUAUGUUGGAAAUGCACCUUGGAGCUUACCAGUGCUACCGAUUGAGGCAAUCCUGGAAAAAGGCACUACAUCUGGAUCAAGCAAGUAGUCAACAACCCUUGUGUCCUCCAUGUAAAUUGAGCAUGAAAGUCAAAGUGCGAGACAUCAAGCAGGAAAAUAAAGAAAUGGUAGUCCAGGCUCGGAACGUUUCUAAUGCACAGCCGAAUGUUAAAAUGAAAGUGGCAGGUUUACAAGUGCUGAGCCAAGGAGUUGUAAAAACUGUGCCGCUCAUUAAUAUCUCGCAAGCCGCUGGUGGCCAAGUUCAAUUGGGCACCCCCAUAAAUGUUUCCUCUGUUUUAAAACCCUCCGAUAAAGUGCCCACUAGUUUUGCUCAACUAGUGCAAACAUCCACAGGAAAGCAUUUGUUAUUGACAUCCAAUCCUAAUAGAACAGGAUCUGUGCCUGUCAGUCAGGCUACUGCAGGUGGCCAAAAACUAACCUUUUUGUCUACAAAGCAGCCUAUUGUUACUAAUGUGAACACACCACAAGCAAUAACGAAAGCUUUUGUAAAAUUUCAAUUGACCUCAGUGACAACUGGUACAACUACAACAUCCUCGAAUUCUACUGCAACGGCGAGAGUAGGCGAGGACGGAAUGAGGAGUGUAAAUUCGAAUUUUUUAGGACAACUGUAUUCAAAACAGAACAAUUUAGAUGUUCGGUGGCGAAAGGAUGACAAUAGAAGAAUUAGCAAUCAGGUACAAGAUGAUACGAAAAACGAAUACAAAAGAAGACUGCAACUAAUGGCGCGAAUCAACGAGCGGCGAUGCUCCGCAUUACCUCUCUAUGGCAGGGAUUUUCAAGAUGUCAUAAAAAUAUACCAGCCAAAUACAACAAAUUCAUGGAAUGGCGGACAUAUACACUGCUUGAAUGUUCUCUUUGAUAAAAAUUGCGAAGACACCAGUAGCUUUCUCAAAGAUGCAUUGUAUAGUCCGGAACGUAGGAUAGAAGAGCUGAAAGAAAUUUCCGACAGGUUUAUUUUCUACGUACCUGCUGUUAAAACGAAGGAACCAGAAAUUCGAGUAUGGCAUCCUCCACCUAGCGAAUAUUGGGCCCGAUUUGAAGAAAAGCGCCUCAUAAAGUAUCUGUUUUCCAAACCAGCCACACCGCUACAUCACAUUGCUUCUGCCAUGGUUACUCAGUUCCCUGAUCCCAGACUAAUUCAGUACGACUGUGGGAAGCUACAAACACUAGAUAAACUACUGAGACACCUGAAGACUGAUAGCCACAGAGUGCUCAUAUUCACUCAAAUGACAAAGAUGCUGGAUGUAUUGGAAGCAUUUCUCAAUUUUCACGGGUAUAUUUAUUUGCGUCUCGACGGUACUACCAAAGUGGAUCAGAGACAGGUGCUUAUGGAACGGUUCAAUGGAGACAAACGGAUAUUUGCAUUUAUAUUAUCGACACGAUCCGGCGGUGUGGGUGUUAAUCUUACUGGAGCUGAUACUGUGGUGUUUUACGAUUCGGAUUGGAACCCAACUAUGGAUGCUCAGGCUCAAGAUCGAUGCCAUCGAAUUGGACAAACGAGGGAUGUCCAUAUAUACAGACUAGUGAGUGAAAGGACAAUUGAGGAAAACAUACUGAAGAAGGCCAAUCAGAAGCGACUGCUUGGAGAUUUAGCUAUUGAAGGCGGAAACUUCACUACUGCUUACUUCAAGAGCACUACUAUUCAAGAUCUGUUUAACAUCGAUCAAACAUUGGAAACGGCCGCUCAGCGUAUGUCCGAAAUUGUCGAAAAUAGCCGGGAAGUGUCCGCGACGCCUAUAGACACUGCAGUAGUCCAAUCAGAAGAUAAGUCUGCCGCUGGGGCCUUAGAGACCGCGCUUGCUGCCUGUGAAGAUGACCAAGAUGUACAGGCUGCAAAAAUUGCUAAAGCAGAAGCAGUGGCUGAUCUCGCAGAAUUUGACGAAAACAUUCCAUUGGAGCAGGACAGUGAGCGGGAGCCAGAGGUAGUAAGCAAAGCCGAGCAGGAGAUUAAUAACAUUAUUAAAAAGUUGUCACCAAUCGAAAAAUAUGCCAUGAAGUUUAUUGAGCAGACAGAAUCGGCUUGGUCGGCUGAGCAACUUGCUGCCGCGGCGAGGCAAAUAGAAGAACAAAAACGCGAGUGGGAAGAACAACAAAUGGCAGCGAUGCGUGAAGAGGAAGAACGACGUCAGCGCGAAUUAGAAGAGGAAAACGACAUGAUUACUUACAGCCGUGAAGAUGCCACUAAUCAGGUAUGGGUCUCUGAAAAUACCUUGGAGCUAAUGCCGAUGUGGUGCCCUCCAACUCCACCGCAACAGGAUGACGAUGUUUACAUAGAUCAAACCAUGGCUUUCUUAUAUGAAGAUACUGUUAUGUCGGAAACACAAUUGCCUCCUAUUUAUGUAAAAAAAGAGUUCAAGCGACGAUUAGAUCCGAGCUACAACGUGGACUAUCGCCGUCCGAUAAAAGUGCCUAGGAGAGAUGAAAGUGUUGUAAGCCCGCCCAAGUCGCUUUUCCAUUCAAGCACUCUGUUAAAACUGCGGCGAGAUAUGAAGCUACAGAAAUAUCGCUCUCUUAGACCACCGUCAGUUGUAAUACCUUGCAAGACAUCGACUAAACCCGUAGAUCCGGCUGUAAUUCAUAGCUGGACGAUUCACGAAGAUAUGGCGUUGCUUAAAGUCAUUAAAAUAUUGCAAGGUCUUCCAACAAAUUUAAUAGUAACGUAUGCGGCUCAAACGCCGAACUGGGACUUUGCUGCUGAUUACGUAAAUUCCGUUGCGCUCGUGUAUCGCUCUCCUAAACAAUGUAAACAAAGAUACGAAGGACAUCUGAUGAACAGGGAGGAAGGAAAAUAUUCAACACUGGAGAGUCUGAUCAAGAAAAAGAAAAAAUCCCCCACACUGCAAAAGAUUCCUCUUACGAAUAAAUCCAGGCCAUCUCCAAGGACGUCUCAAUUAUACACACAAGACAACAAUUCCACUUUUUGUCAAAUGGUAGCAGAUUCGUUUACCGCGUUAAAGUCCCUUGCUAUUAAAAGACUCCCAACGACACGUACUGUCGUCAACAAUCCUCUGAUGAAUAAAACGAAAAAUACGCCAGUUUUAAAUGAGUGUGGUAUAGAUUUGGAACACCCGCUUUUGCCUUUUGAAAUAGCGGCGAAACGAGCGGAAAGGAUAGCGAAGGAAAAGAAGGCAUUAACACCGGAGCAAUUGGCGAAAUUGCAAAUGCUUAAAGCCGUGUCGCAGCAGCAGCAAGCUCAGGGAGCGGUUUCUUCGUCAGGAUCUGCGACAUCUCAGUCAGCUUCUGGUAUAACGACAGUUGUAACCGUACCUACUACACAUGUUAUCGUAACCUCCCAAGCUCCCAUCGUUGUUACCACCUCUGCAACCAUAGUCACCCCGUCUCCUGGUGCCCCGCUCUCCGGUCGUCCACAACGAAUCAUUGCUUCACCAUUGCAAACGUCCACAGUCGUGAGUGUGUCUGGCUUGAGUCCGGCACAACUUCAAGCCGCUACCCAACGACUGAUCGUUACUGGAGGUGCCGCGAAGGCGGUUACAUCAGCUACAGGUGCUCAGGGCAAACAGUUUAGCCCAGCACAGCUGCAGAUGAUCCGACAAGCUGCUUCACUGAAAAAUAACCAGUUCCGGUUACAUGCAAACAGUUUGGCUCAGGCUUCAAAAGCGUCAACAGUCACAAUUGCUGGCCAGCAGGCUGUAGUACAGUUCUCACAAGCUCAACCGCGUGGCCAAUUCGUUCGUCAAGGGACGGUUACUGUUGGUGGAAAAACUGGAGUUUCAAGAACUGUUACUGACAGUGAAGUAGCUCAGUUGCUGAAGAAACAGCAGCAGCUGCAGCAGCAAAAGAUGACAAGUGGCACUAUUUCGCAACCUUCGAAUGCAAGUGGUGGAAAUACCAUUCAUGGCUUAACUACUCAAGUGUUUGCGCAAGCAAUUCAGCAAGCCGGCACUCCCGGUGCCCAAGUGGCCACUUUAGUGAAGGCGGUCCCCAGUUCUGGCGGAAAAUUUACUGUGCUUGCAGCUACUCAAACUGUAACAAUUCCUGUGAGUGGUGUCACACUGGCUGCUUCUGGUGCUAAGGCAAUCGCUCCAUCUCUGAAGCCAACGACGGCGCAACAAUUGCGACACAUGCAAAUUCAGCAGCAAUUAAUGGCUCAGAAGAAAUUGGCCGCUGCUGCUGCUGCUAGUGGACAGAAAUUGAGCAUUACUACAAGUGGCUCUAAAGGCUCAGGUGUUCAGACAACACAGCUAAUAGUGGGCGCUAAACAGGCCAUGACUGUUCAGCAGUUCCAGCAGGUUAUUCGGACUCCGAUAAAUGUUGGCCAGGGGCCUGUCGUGCUGACAAAAGGUAGCACCUCGCGUGUUAUUCCUGUGAACGCCGGUCAAGGCACUAAACAAACUAUUCAGGUAGUGGCUGCUUCAUCACAGGCGUUAAGCUCCGCUCUAAGGCCUCAAGGAAGUACUACAAUCGCGGGAAUCAAGCUUCAAAGCGCCGGAAAUUCCUCGCAACAAGCAUUGCUGUCACAAGUAACUGCAGCGUUAAAUCAGAACGCUGUGAGACAGAAUAGCCCAGUCAGACUUCAAACUGCAUCCGGCCAGCCAAUAGUGGCUGCAACUGGUCAAUCGUCUACACUAAACGCGCAAUCCCAAUCACACAAUGUCGAGCAAGUAAGUAGGUUUAUGAGAAAAUAAUCACCAUCCUAUGUUUGUGCUGUUGUUUGUCAUUGUUUUUCAAAUUAAGCUCACUGGUUUCAAUAUUGUGAUACACAGGAUUUAUUAAUUAUUUGCAUCUGUUACAUUUGUUUCCAUUUUUUUGUGCCCGUAUUAUAUUAUUUAGCUUUUUGUACUAACUGCCACUAUUAUUUUCUUAUUUUAGAAAUAGAAAUUUAGAAAUACUUACUGUCAAGGACUUGAUGAUUGAUGAACAAUUUAUAAAAAUCAAUUUGCAAUAACAGUUAAUGCUGAUCCCAGAUCAAGUUUCGCAUGCAUUCAUCGUAGUGCCUUUUCGAAAAAAAACUGACACUUGCUUUGGAUAAUUUCUGUAUAUUUGUUACCGGUAAUGUGCAAAAUGCCUAGGCAUUGUGCAAACUGACCAACUCGCCAGGCAUUUUGCAGAAUCGCUACUAUGGGCAAUGUGCCCAUUGACUACGGUAUUUUAGGCAAUCUGCAAAAUUUCGUACGCGUUAGUCAAUGUGAGUAUCACAUUCGUUGAAUGUUCACAUUGACUAGACAAUGGGCACAUAAUGCAGCAAAAUUGUUGUUUCCUUUCUGCCGGGCGGCGAUUAUGCCAAACUUUGUUGUUCAGUGAUACGGCAAUGGCGGGCGGAAAUAAAGACUUUUUGGUGAAAUUAAAUUCAUGAUUAUAUAUCAUUAUAAUUAUUUAUUUAAUGAGAAACGACUAUAUUGUUUUAUUAAACACAAACAGUUUAAUGUGGUAAGAUUAUUUAACACUAAUAUUAUAAUUUAUCAACAGCAUUAAAGUAUGAGAGCAUAAAUUUUAGCUCCAUAACUGCGGAUGUUUUUUAAAUUUUUGUGCACACACAAAAUUACGAUAUCAGUUUGUUUUCAUUAGCGACAUUUAUAUAUUUCCAGCACAUCGUUUCUCGAAAAUCUUGUAUGUUGUUUCAUAUUUAGUCUUUGAUUUUCAUUGGCAAAGAUGUUCCCUAUCAAUUUCCCUGGUUUUUACAUUCAAAAACUUCUCAUUACUUCCGAAAAAUCAAAAUUUGUUUGCAAGACGCUAAUAGGACAGGAAUAAGAACUAACAAUCAAUAACCAUCACUGGAAACGCGGUAAAUUUUACAAAGUUGUUUGCUACUUAGGGUACUAAACAGUAAACUUUCCUUGAAAAACUAAGCAACGGAGCUCCGUUGCUUAGUUUUUCAAGGAAACUAAGUUUUUCAGGUAAACUAACCUGCACAAUUUCGUAGCAACAGGUUUAUGCACAUUGUCUAGUCAAUGUGAAGAUUAAAAAUAUCUAAGACUCAGAUUGACCAGCGCCUGCGGCAUUUUGCAGAUUGCCUAAAAUACCGUAAUCAAUGUGCACGUUCCCCAAAGUAGUAGCAAUUCUGCAAAAUGCCUGGCGAGUUGGUCAGUUGCGUCAAAUCCAUGAGGCAUUUUGCCGGAUUUCGCACAUUGCCGGUAACAUAUUAUAUUCAUUUAACUUGGGUACAUUAGUACUUACUGAAAGCUUUAGUUGCGUCAUAUCCCAUCAAAUAAAAGUUAUUACUGUAUCUAUACUUGUGAAAUUAUGAAAGCACAGUUUAAUUCACGUUUUAAUAUACAUAUAUAUUAUUUAUCAAUUAAACAAAAGCUCUGUAAAGUAACACAUUUUUGUAAAUGUGUAAUUCUUUAUGGCAAAACGUUUUUAUUUUUAAUUUUUAACUGCACUUCCCACAGCUCGGUCACGAUAAAUAUGGCUUUGUCUUGCAUUCGCAUGAUAGUACUGUGUAUAUUAUGGAAUCAGCAUUAAAUAUAAUAUUUGCUCCAGAAUGGCUUCAACACAAAAGUGGUUUUUGAGCUGAUGUAUAUAUAAGGUCUUGUGGUCAUUGCCAGAAAAUCAAUUGGCAUCAGUAGGCUUUAAAUCAUGUUAUGUAAAUAUAUGAUGACAAUUGAUUUUGUGUACGUGGAACCUCAAUUUACUUUAAGGACUAUUGUGCUGUGAUAGCAACUUUAUUUCAUAUGACUCCCUAUGUUACGGUAGAAUUUAGAGUAGACUUUUUUAAGAUCGCUUAAUUUUGUAUUAAUGUCCGGGUAAUGAAAUAUUGUAUGCAUUUUCGUUUUUCUUUGUGAUAAGAAAAUACAUUUUGUGUGACAACUUUAAACACUUUUCGUUUUCUUUGCAAUUAUGGUUGCUGACGAAACGUAAUUCUUUUUCAGCAGGAGUAGCAUAUCUUCAAGUGAAGACCUAACCGUGUAAUAUGUUGUUAAUAAACUGUUAUUUUUUGGA